UCAAUUGUGAAAUUGAUUAAUAUUUUUGUGUGGAAUUUCUGAGUCAAAACAGACGAGAAAACUUGAGAGAAGGUCAUUACGUCCUUAAAAGAGUUUUUUGAUGGGUGCGUUGAUUUUUCAUUUCCUUUCUGGUUUUUUAGUUUUUUUACAAAAGUUUUUUAAAUAAAUACUGGAAAAUCAAUGGGUUUUUAAUGGAUUUUCUGUUAAAAUCAAAAAGUUACCAUUUCGAACCCUUGACGUUAUUUUUUAUUUUUUUACCUUAAAUCUGUUAGAUAAUGGCUGGGAAUCAACGAAAUUUGAAAGACUUCUUCCUGUAAGCCAAAAAGCCUGGGUUGUUGUUGAGUUACCAUUUUGACCCCUUGGCGUUUUUUAUGACCUUUUUUAUGGAUUUUUUUGGCAAUUUUUAUUAUGGAAAAUCAGUGGGGGUUGAAGUGUUUCCUCGUCUAUGUCGAAAAUUCUAUUUUUUGUAAAGUUACCAUUUUGACCCCUUGACGCUUUGAAAUUUAAUUAAUAAUUUAAUUUUUCAGACUGACAUAUUUUCCUUGAAAAAUAUUUAUUUUUUUAAUAUUUUGGAUUAAAAAUGGCUUCCGGAGUAAUGGUUAACGCUGAGUGCCAGACAGCUUUUCAACAAUUAUCUGAGGCCAAAAAGUACCGCUACAUUAUUUAUAAGAUUGUCGAGAAUGAAGUUGUGGUUGAAGUUGCUUUGACUGCUGAAGAGAUAGGGACAACAGAUGACAGUUAUGAAGACAAUUCUAAAGCGGCUUAUGAAAUAUUCGUAAAGGACAUUAAGGACAAGACUGACGGUUUUCAAGAUUGUCGUUAUGCUGUUUUUGACUUUAAAUUCCAAACACAUCGUCCAGGCGCUGGAACUUCUAAAAUGGACAAAAUAGUCUUCAUUCAAGUAUUUUUUGAAAUUAAUAGAGUUUUUGGGUUCGUAAUCAAUCCAAUAGAUUGGUUGUAUUUAAUUUGGGGUUCAAAUCAGGGUUGUCGUUUCCAAACCACUAAAAUGGGGCGCAGCCACUCAAAAAUGGGGAAAAAAUAG